CAGAACCAUAGAGGAGGCUACAAGGGCUACUGGGUUCAACAGGAAAAAGCGGUCGCUUUUUCAAUCCGGGUCAGGCGAGAGCGAUGAAGACGGUGACUAUGGAGGCUGGGCUGGGUUCCAUGCCGGUACCCCGUGCAGAACUGAAGCUGGUCCGACUGUUGAGCCGUUGUGAGGCGAUGGCGGCCGAUAAGCGAAAUCCGGACGAGUGGCGGUUGGAGAAGUAUGUAGCUGCUCUGGAGGAGAUGUUACUCACAUUGAAGAAACACUCCAGCAAACCAGCUCCUGAAGUACUGAAUGAAUAUUCUCGUAAGGUGGAUUUCUUAAAGGGCUUGCUAGAAGCAGAGAAAUUGUCGUCAUCAUCUGAGAAGGCACUGGCAAAUCAGUUUCUGGCUCCUGGUAGGACUCCUACCACUGCCAGGGAGCGGACCCCAGCAACGAAAACUGUGCAUCUACAGACCAAGGCCCGCUUUAUGGGCGAGAUGAGGAAUGAGCUGCUUGAUUUGGAAGAGAAAAAUUUAAGGAAACGCAUGACUCCACUUCCUGAUGAGAAGCAGUCAGCUGCUGAACUGGAUGCAGUCCUGCAGCAUCACCACAACAUCCAAGAGAAGCUAGCUGAAGAGAUGUUGCACCUGGCACGCAAUCUCAAGAAUAACACUCUUGUAGCCCAGAAUGUGAUUAAGCAAGAUAACCAGACCUUGACCCAGUCACUCAAGCUGGCUGACCAGAACUUUGAGAAACUGAAGGCUGAAUCUGACCGCCUGGAGCAGCAUGCCAAGAAAUCUGUCAACUGGCUCCUCUGGCUAAUGUUGAUCAUUGUCUGCUUCAUUUUCAUCAGCAUGAUCCUGUUCAUUAGAAUCUUCCCCAAACUAAGAUGAUGUCUGGGCUUUGGUCAGCAGCAGCCUGGCACCUUAGCUUAUCUUGUCCUCUUCAUUUAACCCAUCAAACCUUGCAGUGCUCCUGUAAUUUGGUGAAAAUGCUCAUUGGGAGAAAGUUCCCCUGCAACAAGUUCGUGGAAUCUAACCUAAAUAACCUUCACGUUGGGGAACGUUCUCCUCCUGCUUGAAAGACUGAAUAGGAAAGCUCCUUCUGCAUUGUUAUAGCAGGAUUGAGCAACUUAUGGGCCUUACGCAACAGCCCAGGAAGUUGUUCUUUUUGUGGCCCAAAGCCCCCAAGAGGUGGCACAAUAUUUUAUUUUAAACAACAAAAACAAAAGGGGAAAAAAAACAAUAGAAGUGGUGCUUUAGGACUUGGUGUACCUAUUUAGAAGCAAAUAAUCCCCCAAAGAAUUUGGUGACCCACAGUGGGGGCAAAAAUAGUAACAAAUCCCCUUGUUACCAAAAGUUUGCCAUUCCUGAUUUAUAAGCCAACAAAGAUUCUCCCAGAAGCAACAGGGAGCACAGUAGGCAAGCUGAAAACCUGUGAAAAUAGGAUGUGACUUGACUUACUGAGGUUGGAUGGGCGGGGAGGAAGAGGUAAUACAUAGCUGUUCCUAAUGACUUCUCUUUGACAGACCACGUCUCAAGCUUGUGCCUAGCAAUAUUGCUUCAGUCAUCAGGUUCGUCGACAAAAUGCUCCUUAACAUACAGCAACCCAAGGCUAUAGAAUAAUUCCCAAUUUUCUUUUCUUUGGAAUGCUGAAAUAGUCCAUCAUGAAUAUAUAUAUUCCACGUGCAAGUGUGCCAUUACCUGCUUGUGAGGACUAUGUACUUUGGGAAAUAUGAUUACAUUUCUAGGUGGAAGUUCAUGAUGGUGAUUGACAGUUAACUGACCAUGAGGAAUAAAAGUGUGUCAGUGUUCUUUGGAGUCAGUGCUGCUUCAUGGGAGUUAGGCUUCCCUGAGGACUGUCGCGUGUUCUUUCCAUGUGUUUUCUGGCCACCACAAAUGUGGACAUUGCGGCAAUUUAAGACUGAGGGCAGCGUACCCCUUUUUCAUCUGAUAUGUUCAGCCAAAACAGGUUGUAAAGGAAGAAUUUAGAUUUGCCAUUAGAAGGUAGAUUGGACCUCACGCAAACAGAUGUAAGCUUGUGUAUGAAUUCAUUGCCAGCUAGACUGGAUGUUAUUCCCCUCCACAUUCCGAAGCGAUGGCAGGGGGAACAAGGAAGUGGGCAGGGGAGGUGUGUUAUGGGCAUUUUCUCAUUAACAGCAAUCCUGAAAGUACAGCACCAGCAGUGUGGUUAAUAAUCUGUAGGAAACAGCAACUCCCCCAAUUGGGCCUCCACAUUUUAACUUGGCAUUUACACAGCAGAAGGGAUGGGCACAAAAGAGUGCAAUCCCUUCAGGGAGAGGAGUGUCACUGCAUUUUCUGCUCAUAAAGCUACCGCGGCUGUGUGCUGUAAUGCUGAGCCUGUUCUCCCAAUUCCUACCCCCUACUUCACCAGUUAAAAAGUGCUGACUUGGAAUCAACUCAUUAAGCUGUAUAUGAAGCUGGCGGUUAACAGGAAUUGCCUAUAUGUUUGUUGUAUCGUCAGCUGCCAUGCCACAACUUGCACAUUAUGAAUUAUUGUAGCUGAUUUACUCUCAUGCAAGUCGCCUGCAAAAGAGAUUCUGAGGUGAAAGCUGAGCCUUGCAAACCCUGAGAAGAGAGCUUUGGUGCUUUCCUAGUGUCAUGAACACAGGGCAAGAUCAUGGAAAUGUCAAGCUGCUAGAUCAGAAUAUAACUGAUAUAUUUUGGAUAUGCUCGGUCAAAACAGGUUGUAAGGGAAGAAUUUAGAUUUGCCAUUAGAAGGUAGAUUGGACUUCAUGCAAACAUAGAUGUAAGUUUGUGUAUUAAUCCAUUUGUCAUGUAGAAUAUAACUAUACUUUAGCCUUUGCUAAGAGAAAAGAACCAGUCUAAUACCAGAUCAAAUCUUGGUUCACCAAGUCCACUGGAGUUGGGCAGCCAAUACAUUUAAGUAAAAUAAAAGUCCAUGUGUUAUCUGGAUUGGCAGUUCUAUAGGGCGUUCAGGAGAGAGGCCGAUCACCAUCGCCUAUCAGGGAUUGAUCAUGAAACCUACAUGCCACCAUGUGCUCUACCGCUGCGUGAUGAUUCUCCAGAACUUUGUUUGCUUUGGCAACCUGGUUCUGCCAUUUCCAUAUUUGCUAUUACUGCCACAAUAGAGGAUCUGAUAUUUCCUGUCUUAACUAAAAAAGCUUUUGGAAAGAUUUUCCUUGUAUAAUAGGACAGGAUCUCCAUCCUUCCUGCUGCUUCCCAUCAGUAGCUAGGAAGGCUUGAGAUGGAAGAUGAUGUAGAUGUGUACGUGUUUCCAGACUUAGUACUUGCCAGGUGUCUUGCAGAGCAGGGAAGCAUGUUCCCAAGCUUUCAGUUAUAGAACUGGUGACAGACAAGGAUAUCCUCUAGCUUAGGAAGUUAGAUUUGGGAGGAGGAUGUCAGAUAUGAUAGCAAAAUGGCAACAUCAGUGCUACUGCAUAUUUCAGGAAGUAUCUUUGCCCCAAUUCUGUAGGAAAGUCUUUGCAAAGUGCAUACAUCAAGUAUCAUCUUGAAUUAAAUUAUUUGAAGGAAUCCAACUGAUCUCUCCAAAUUUUAAUCUGGUGAUUUUGCCCCAUGGUGCUAAAGGUGAUACUUGUUGAUUCUUGAACCCUGCAACAAACAAAAGGAGAACACUGAAAGUUUUGCACGUAUGAGAUUCCUGAUUAAAUGUGACUGUGGGUGAAGUUAGGCGUUCAAUAAGAAACAAAACCUUAUGUUGAUUGGGAAAAUGGCAAUAAAUCAGAAGAAAAAGAAAAGAGGGAAAUCUCAAAAGUGUGUUGUUGCUUGUGUGACAUAGUUGUUCUACUAAAAAAAAAAUGAAAUCACCCUAACCAAGGGAAAAUUUAGUUAUUAUUAGAUGAGGGUGGGCCUGGCAUGGGAAUUGCCUUCUUCCUUCUUUGCUGCCAAGACUGCCCAUUACAUCUCACAUCAUGGGAGUUACUUGCAAUGAAAUGAAUCAAUUUCAUGUAUAAAUUCAAUUGUUACUUGCUCCAAACAAUUGUAUAGUGUGUUAUCUUGAAAACUAUUUGUGCAAUAGUUGUUUUGUGUCACAGUGGGAAUGCCUCACAAUGUCAAAUCCCAGGGUGGUGGUCAGCUUGAUGAAUAUCACAGGCUGUUUUAGAAAAGCAGGCAGGAAAUCCUAUGGUGGAAAUUCAGGUAUCGUGCUACUUUGGUAUUUGGGCUGAUUCCUGGACCUUACCACAUUGACAGUAUGUUCUUUCUCAUCCGCUAAGUUUUCUAGGUGAGUUGGGAUGGCUGGCAGCUCACUAACAAAGCUAGCCUCAAAUCAUACUAUAAGAAACAAGAAAAAUUUAACCCAUCUAUAGGAUAUUCUUUGUGGUAAAUCAGAGCUGAAAGUAAAAGCUAUUCAACAGUGUAGCUAAUUACGUGAAGAAAUGGCAGCCCCCCUUUCAUUGGAUAUGUUCAGACAGAGAUUGAAUUUAUUGAAGGCAAUUUAUUGAAUUCAUUGGGAAUACUUUAAUUUGGAUUCCUGUGCUAAAAGGUGGGGGGCUUGAUUGUCUAAAUGACCCUGUCCAAUUCUUUGAUUCUAUGAAAAGGGCCAUUUUGGCCGUUGAAUCCAACUACCCUGUUCCAUACAAGAGUCAGAAUUGAAGCAUCCCUGAUAGAUGGCUUUCUAACCUUUGUUUGAACAUAAUGAAGGGAAGCCCACCACUUCUUUGGGUAAUUGUCUACAUUAUUGAACUGCUAUUUCUAAGAUUAAUUCAGAAUCCAACUUGAAUAUUAUAUGUCCUAGCCCAGGAAUGAUGGGACAGGUCUCCUGUCUUGGAAUCCUACAAUCAUUGCUCUGAGUUUAUUAAAAUUCAGGUUUUUAAGUCCAAGGUGCACAUUCCACUAUAUUCAGCUUUAGUUUCCCUUAAAAUCCAUUACAUUUUUGCUAUUUUGCCUAAGUCUUCCAUAUGGAAUUUGAAGAAAUCAAGGAUAAUUUAUCUUUUUGUGCUUUCCUUCACCCUCUGAAAGAGAAAAUUAUCAAGACAAAUUAAGAUUUCCUGGAUGGAGUAUGUUUAGCAGAGUUUGUCUCCCAAUAGAUAUCAGCAUAAAGAAAAUUCCCUAUCGCACUUUGUGAGAUCUGCCAUUUAUCACCAGAAAGUAUCAUCCACACGUUCUCCUUGAUUGGACAGGCAACGCUAAGCACCUCUUUCUCUAAUUCUUCUGUUUAUUAUGAACAACUUGCAUACUUGUUAGUUUCUGCUACAUUUAUUAAAUUAUUUUGCCUUUGUACAUGAAGAGCUUAAGUUCAUUUUAUCUUCCAUACUCUGAGCAUUACUGUAUAGUCAAAAGGUAUAAAUUCUGCCAGUGUUCUUUCUGAUUUUUCAAUAAAUAAUUUAUUAGGUCACAAUACACAAUC